CCGGGGCCCCCUCCUCCCCCUUGCCUCCCUGCUCAGGGGACGUCACUCCCCUGGCAGCAGCGGGACUGGAGGCUGGAGUCUAGGCGCAAUGCAAGGGCAGAUCCUAUGAAGAAACUCUGAGAGGAGGCGUAAAAAGUACUGCUCUGCUCAGUGUACAUAGCAGCAUAUGAAUAGGUGUUGAGCACAGUGCUGAAGCAGAAUUUGGAGGCAGCAGUUCAUGGGAGCAGUGGAUUUUAUUUGACUUUUUACCUGCACUUCAUGUGCAGAUGAUCUGCUGUACAAGCUGGAAAAAAACGCACUGACACUUCUUCGUUUUUUUGGUGUCUGAACCUAGAGCCUUCAUAUCCACGCAGAGUCAUUCUAACAGCAGGUGUCAACAUGUUGGAGCAGGUUCUGUCCUUCGGCCGCUCCCUGGUGCGCAGGAAAGUGGUCGACAUGAGCAGCCUGGAGGACUCAAAGCUGUGCCGCUGCCUAGGAACCGUCGACCUCAUCGCCCUAGGAGUUGGCAGCACUCUGGGUGCCGGCGUCUACGUCCUGGCCGGCGAGGUGGCAAAGGGCGACUCAGGCCCCAGCAUAGUCAUCUCCUUCUUAAUUGCUGCCCUGGCCUCGGUCAUGGCCGGCCUGUGCUACGCUGAGUUUGGGGCACGCGUCCCCAAGACCGGCUCUGCUUAUCUUUACAGCUAUGUGACUGUAGGAGAGAUCUGGGCCUUCAUCACGGGUUGGAACCUCAUUCUCUCCUAUGUAAUUGGUACCUCCUCAGUUGCCAGGGCUUGGAGUGGCACAUUUGAUGAAAUCAUAGGAGGACACAUAGAGGUAUUCUGUAAGACCUACUUCAGAAUGAACUCUCCCGGCUUGGCUCAGUACCCUGACUUCUUUGCCGUCUGCCUGAUACUGCUGCUUUCUGGACUCCUGUCGUUUGGCGUGAAGGAGUCAGCCUGGGUCAAUAAAGUCUUCACGUCAGUCAACGUGCUCGUGCUCUUGUUCGUCAUCAUCUCCGGCUUCGUCAAAGGAGACACACACAACUGGAAGAUAUCUGAAGAAUCCCUUAUAAAUGUCACCAUAGUUACAAGGAACUUGACGUUGACGGCCAACGUGAGCAGUGAUUAUGGCGUUGGAGGAUUCAUGCCCUACGGCUUCAGUGGGACCUUAGCUGGGGCUGCCACUUGCUUUUACGCUUUUGUUGGAUUUGACUGCAUUGCAACUACAGGCGAGGAGGUGAAGAACCCUCAGAGAGCCAUUCCCAUCGGCAUCGUGGUGUCACUGACCGUGUGUUUCCUGGCGUACUUUGGUGUGUCGGCCGCACUCACGCUGAUGAUGCCCUACUACCUGCUGGACGAGAAGAGCCCUCUGCCCAUGGCCUUUGAAUACGUGGGCUGGGGCCCUGCAAAAUACGUGGUCGCUGCAGGCUCACUGUGUGCCCUCUCCACCAGCCUGUUGGGUUCCAUGUUCCCUCUGCCACGCAUUCUCUUUGCCAUGGCACGAGAUGGAAUUUUGUUCAGUUUUAUGUCCAAAGUGAGUAAGCGCCAGUCUCCUGUAGCUGCCACCAUGGCGGCAGGUACCACUGCGGCCAUCAUGGCCUUCCUGUUUGACCUAAAAGCGCUGGUGGACAUGAUGUCCAUUGGAACUCUGCUGGCCUACUCGCUGGUUGCUGUGUGUGUUCUGAUUCUGAGGUACCAGCCAGAUGGAGUCCUAGAGCGGCGGGCAGGCACCGGUGAGAGGGACUACCUGUCCUCCGUGGAGGGUGAGUCUGAACUGACAGAGUCGGAGUCCCACCUGAACAUGCUGAAGGGUGACAGCUCCACCCUGCAGACCGUCCUGCACCCUCCUGCCUCACCUUCUGAGCAUUCCUCCAGUGUGGUCAACAUGUCCGUCUGUGUGCUAGUGCUGGUAGUGUGCGUGGUCAGCUAUCUCACCACGUACCACAUCUACUCCAUCCUUGGCAUGGAGGUGUGGAUCCUGGCAUCGCUGUCCGUGUGUCUCCUUAUCUUCAGCGGCUGCGUCGUCAUGGUCUGCCGACAGCCUCAGACCAGCACCAAGGUUUCCUUCAUGGUCCCCCUUCUGCCUUUUCUGCCCAUUCUGAGCAUAUUCGUCAAUAUCUACCUCAUGGUUCAGCUGAGUGGAGAUACCUGGAUACGCUUCUCCGUGUGGAUGGCUGUGGGCUUCCUGAUCUACUUUGGCUACGGCAUGUGGCACAGUGUGGAGCGCCAGCGUGGACUCCAGGGUCCUCUGACCAGCAGCAGCACCCAGAAGCACAACAAGACAGGCGGGGAGAAGCCGGUCGGUGUGGGUGCAGUGGGAAAAGACCAAGAUAGAUUGAUUUGUCCAGAAAAGACCAGCCGGUGUUAGGAGUGAAAGAUGCUGUGAGGAGACAGAUGCAUAAAAGCACCCAGCAGCUCUGCCUUGAUGCACCUGUUCACACAGCGUCGCCACGUGUGCGUCAGUCACAAACACACUCUGCCUGCGAAGGCAGCGUCAGUACUCUGAAUCAGCGGCCACACGAUGGGGUGCCGCUCCGACACUGUGAUGGAUCCACAUCCUGUUAGGUCACGUUGCGCUUUAAGGACAGCAUGGAGGCCGAAUUGAAAGGACAGGUAACACACUGGAGGCUGAUGGUCAUUUUUCCCUUGCAGCCAAUACAAGACUGCAGCGAUGCAUCUCUCUUUCAUAAUGGACGUUUUUAUUGCAUAACACACAUUUAGUCUUUUCUGGUAAUUGUUGCAUUUUAAGCAAGUUUGUACGAGUGUU